GUUAUGAAGGACACUGCUAAUUAAACAGGUCUCCCAAUCAAUCAUGUAUUUCAUUUGGCUGGUUUAUUUUGUUUUAACAACUGCAAAUGUGGUGGUUUCCCAAAAAGAUAUUCAGGUAAAAUGUGGAAAAGACUCACUCACAGUCAGAUGGAAGGUUACUGAAAGCCUGGCGGAAACACCCUUCAAGCUUCUACUGGGUGACUGCUUUCCUUCAAAGUUUUUACCUACAGCUGACGGAGGAGGGGAAGCAAUUUUUCGCUAUCGUUUCUCUAACUGUCGUUUUAGACAAAAGAAAACCUUCGAUGAGCUGAUCUACGAAAAUGAGCUGACCUUUAGGCCGUUAAUAAAGUCAAAUACCGGACAGCUUGUCUACCCUAUUAAGUGUGCUUCUAGAAGGCCAUUUCCAGUUGUGAAGCCUCCUUUUGGUGUUUUAGAAGGUCAUGGAGAGUUGAUUUUUCACAUGGGAAUUUUGAAUGAUGAUUUAAGUGGCCUGGCAGUAUCCAACUCUUUUCCUCUUGGCUCCUUUAUUAACAUCUGGGCUUCAGUAGUGGAGCAAGCACAUCAGUCCCUAAUGGUGUAUAUUGAAGAGUGUGUUGCGUCCAACACUCUAGCACUUGAACCACAAUCAUGGACGUAUCCUAUAAUAACCAACAAAGGAUGCCUUGUGGAUGGGAAAACUGGGGCCUCUAGCUUCUUGCCAAGAAAUCAGUCAUCUUCACUUGUGCUUCAGCUACAAACCUUCAAAUUUGAAGCAGAACAAGAGGUGUACAUCCAUUGCAAACUAGCAGUAUGGGACCCAGAAGACUUUACUGAAGAUAACAAGGCUUGCAAUUACAACAAAGCUACUGGAAAAUGGGAGCUUUUAGAUGAUCCUUUCCAAAGUGAUCUAUGCAAUUGCUGUGAACGUGACUGUGUUUAUAAGACGACGCAGAUUUCACGCCCAGGACCCCAAGGACCAGCUCAAAGUUCUGUCUUAGGACCACUGCAAUUAACAGCAAGGAGAUAAAUCCUUUCAAUAAAGACUUGAUGCAUGGAAACAGGUUCUUGUCAGCUGUUGAAUGUUGUUCACAUUUGUAGUAACAGACUUGUUGCUGCAAGCCUGUGUAUGAUGGGUGUGUGCUGAUGGUUUCUUUUUUAAUCAUUGACCACUCCAUGAAACCUUUUGUGAUGUGCUCACUUUAUUUUUCCAGGGCCUGCAUGGUUAAAUAAAGAGAUCUGAGCUUCAAAGCAGGCUAUUUGGCCACAUAUUCCCAGUGCCUGGUAACUUGGACAAAUAAAAAUAAAUGCCUCUUGU